UCUAGUCCUCUAUUUGGGGAAGCAGGGCUGAGGGCUGGUGAAGUGUGGCGGAUAACGGCAGGUUGGAAUUUGCUGCGGGUGUGUGGAGGCGGGGAACCGAGAACAGCAAGAAACACCUUACAGCUCAGUGCCAGAGAGUGAAAGAAGACGCUUUCCUAUGGCGUGUAUUUGAUCAAUUCAAUCCCAUUGGCUUUCGUUGUGCAAGUGGCAGAGAGAGGGAGAGAGAGGGGAAUAUUAAAUAUGGCUGGAAAGUCUCUGCACUUGUGCGUAUUCGUGAUUUGCGCGAUUCAAACGAACACUGGAUUUAACAUUGACGUGCAGUACCCGGUCAUCAAAGAAGGAAAAACCAAGGGCAGCUUAUUUGGAUUUUCUGUUGCAUUGCACAAACAGACCGAAAAGACCAAGAAGAACUUGCUCUUAGUCGGAGCGCCCCAAGAAAAAGCCCAGCCCCAACUCAGCAACUUUAACAUUAAUGAAACCGGAGCCGUGUAUUACUGUCCCGUCUCCAUCGACCAGCAUGACUGCAGGAGGAUGGACCUCAUCAGUCCACCGCAGUCAACAGAGAUGGUGGAGGGCAUGUGGCUGGGAGUGACCGUGGCCAGUCAGAGGCAUGGAGGACGUGUGCUGGCGUGUGGUCAUCGCUAUGUAAAGAAACUGCUGGGUGCUGAAGAGCAGCAGCGUAUGGUGGGCAAAUGUUAUGUGCGGGGCAACGACCUGACCUACGACCCGUCUGAUUACUGGCAGUCUGACACUUACGAGCUCUGCGACUUCAACUAUGAUCAGAACCUGGAGGGCAUGUGUAACAUGGGCAUCUCAGGGGGCAUGACGGAGAAUGACGUGUACUUUGGGACGCCCGGCAGCUUUGUGUGGCAGGGAACCGUCCAUAUGAAAGAGAGAGACCCCAACUCAGAUUUUGCUGGAGAUGCCAAUGAAAUAACAUUCGGAAAGCUAGGCGAGGACAGACUCAACAUCUAUAUAGGUUACUCUGUGCUGGAGGACAUAAAGUUACUGGAUCGCUCUAAGAACACUGUGGUGACGGGGGCUCCCAGAGACAAUUUCAAAGGUUCAGUGAUCCUUGCAGAAAAACAAGAUUUGCUCCUUAACCCAGUGAUGACGAUCCCAGGGGAACAAAUAGGGUCGUACUUCGGCAGCUGCUUGGCGGUGACGGACCUCAACAAUGAUGACUGGAACGACCUGAUUGUUGGAGCUCCGUUCUACUUCGACCGCUACAAGGAGGAGGGAGGAGCGGUUUACAUCUUCAUGAACGAGAACGGAUCCUUCCAGGAAAAAGCCAGCUUGGUUCUGAAGGGUAAAAAAGGCUCAGGGUUUGGAUUUGCUGUUGCUGCGGUAGGGGACGUCAAUCAGGAUGGAUUUCAAGAUUUUGCUGUUGGUGCUCCGUUCCAUGACUCUGGGAAAGUCUAUAUAUGGAUGGGAAGUAAAAAUGGAAUAAAUAAAGAACCCAGCCAGGUGAUCGAGGGGAAAUCAUUGAGUCCCAGUGGCUUUCAGACGUUCGGCUACUCUCUCAGUGGAGGAAUGGAUAUGGAUGGAAAUGAUUAUCCUGACAUUUUGGUGGGCUCCAUGGAUGACCGCAUCGCUCUCUUGAGGGCUCGUCCGGUCAUCCACCUCUCCAGAAACUUCACAGUAGAGCCAAAGAUUGUGAUUCCAAGCCAGUGUGUUAGUUCCUGCAUAAAGGUGAAGGUGUGUUUCAGUUACUCUCUCAGCAAUGGAAACAAAGCCUUCAGGAAGGCCAUCACUGUGAAGUACACAGUAGACGCUGACCAGAAUCGCCGUGGCGCUCGAGUCCGUUUUCUUGAAAACAAGCUAAGCACAUUUACAGGCCUGCUGUCUUUUCCUCCCGCAUGUCAAGAGCUGGAACUUACUGUUAAUAUUCCUGUGAGGGACAAACUUCAGCCCAUAGCAUUCACUCUGAACGUGUCUCUAAACCAGCAGAAGGCAGCAGCACAGCAAACGCUCCAGAGUCUGGACGAUUUCCCUGUGCUGAGCGGCCAGCAGAUCCUGACCGACAAAACCGAGAUUAACUUUCAUAAGGAGUGUGGAGAUGACAACCGGUGCAGCAGUAACCUGCAGCUCAAGGCCACAUUUGCUGAUGACAAUCACAUUCCCUUCCCCAGUCAGACUAUGGAGUUCACCAGUAACAUUAAGAAGCUGGUGAUGAUGGUGGAAGUUACUAACACUCCGGAUGGAGACAGGCAGGCCGAGGACGCCCAUCAGGCCAUGCUGAACAUCACCAUUCCCCCCUCACUCAAAUACUCAGGAGUGCGCCCUCAGUCUGGUUUCGAUAUCGAGUGCAGCGCAAACGAGACUGUGAUAUGCGAUCUGGGAAACCCAUUUAAAAGCAAUCAGAAGGCCUCAUUCAUAAUCAUCUUUGAGACUUCUGGUAUUACGCUUUACACCGAGCAGAUUGAAUCUCAGCUUCAGCUCUCCACCAUCAGUGAGCAGAAGGAUCUGAAUCCUGUUCCUGUCACCCUAAACGUGAAGAACACGGUCCUCACUACCUUUUCUUUAGAAAAGCAAGUGAUUGACACGUCGUUCACUGGCAGUGUGAUUGGUGAAUCUGCUAUGAACAGCACCAGUGAUGUGGGGAGUCCGCUGGAGUUUGUGUUUCGUGUGCACGUGCUGGGAGAACCUCUGGGAGAUCUGGGAACGCUGAUGAUUGACUUUGAAUGGCCAUAUGAGGUAACCAAUGGGAAAUGGCUGCUGUAUCUCACAGAGAUAGUGAUCAAAGGAGCGUCAGAGUCGCGUUGUGUCCCACCGGGGAAGGUUGUCAACCCUCUCAACCUCUCACUGUCAGAUCGAGCUACCAAACGGUCCAAAAGAGAGCUGGAGUCAGGAUAUCCCCAUGCAAAAGCUUCUGUCACCGUCCUGGCACCUCGUAAAGUGUCCCAUUUGCUGGAGUGUUCAAAGCUGACGGCUCGCUGCAUGACCUUCUCCUGCCCGCUGCUCAACAUGUCGACUCAGGCGGAGAUCAGAGUCAGGUCUCGCGUGUGGAACAGCACCUUGCUGGAGGAUUACGCCAAUGCCCUGCGAGUGGAAGUGAAGGGCCAGGCCACGCUGAGACUGCUGACAGAUAAACCGGCCAUCAGAAUGGACAACCAGAUCAGAGAGUUUUCAGUAAACAUUGAUCCGGUGCUGGGAGAGGAGACGCCGUAUGAAGUUCCUCUCUGGAUCAUCAUUGUUGCAGCGGUCGCAGGGAUACUGUUAUUAGGCAUCAUCAGUCUCAUUCUGUGGAAGUGCGGUUUCUUCAAAAGGACCGUUUACUACAGGAUAAUGCCAAAGUACCAUGGAGUGAAAGUAAGCAAAGAGGAACGCUAUAACUUGGCCUUUCAGCCCGAGCAAGAACUGAGCAAGAAACUCUGGGUCACCAACUGGACAGAAAUGCGUGAAUAUUACUACUGACCUCUUCACCUCUCUCCGUCCAGAGCCAGGGGAGCGUGAUGAUUGGAGGAUAUCUUUUAUUAACCCCGCCUCAACUCAACAGACACUGGACACUGGCGUUUGCAGCCGCCAUUCACGCAGUGAGAACAUUUUGAAAUGUUUGUUGGUCCGUGUGCAAUAUCAUGAUUUGUAGACCAUUAAACCGCUUUCAACAAAGCCAGAGCAUUGUCUGGGACAUUCUUGACUUAGUAAUGAGCAACUGAUUUAUUUUCCUAGUUUUAAAUCUUCAUGAACAUGUAAAUAUGCUUUGUGUGCUUCAUUGCAUUUUAAAUUUCAUUUCAUUGUAAAAAAAAAUUAUGUCACUAUAAUAGUUCCCCUUUCCAGAGCCUUGGGUCAUUUUACUCAUUGAGACAAGGAGAUCUUUUCCAUCGUGCUAUAACUGAUUUGAAACCAGUUCUGAUCAAACAGCACUGACGAACUAGUUGAUUUUCAAGUUCCAGUUGUUUUGUCUUUGGACGCUAAUUUUGUAACCGUGUAAGAACUGCUCCAUUUUUCUUUUUUUUCCAGCUGCUUCCUCCCAUGGAGAGAGACUACAGUGUUUAAGUAAAAUGUUUACCCAAACCAUCAUGUUCCUGUCAGCAUUAGUUGGGUCAAUCUCAAAUUACAAAAAAAUAAAGUGUGUAUAUACACACACACACAUACAUCACACAAUUAAAUUCUCAUUACUGCAAUGCAGAAAAAAAAACCAUUUGUAUUGUAUGAGCAAAAAUCAAAGCUGAUGUGGUCAAUAAAAUAUAUAGCCCUGCCCCAAA